AUGGAUUUACUCGAGGCUUCCUCAACCGCUAGUUGUCCACAAGUAUCAGUGACAACGUUGUGCGAUGUGUCGACAGUUCAGCCAUUUUCGUUGAUAGACACGAAAAAUAUAUUCGAAUUGAAUUUGCCAACAUGUCGCUUGACUGAAGUCAUGUGGCAGUCUGUGACGUCUAGUAAGGUUAAUGUGGAUCUGAGCAAAUGCCCACUGAUGUGUACUUGUGCAAAUUAUUACAUGAUUUCACAUUUGCCAUCUCAUCACUUACGUUUGACACUGCCUUCAGGCAACUUCUGUGAAGGUAAAGUGUUAAACUGUACCAUCGGACAGCUUCUGACUGAUCAUGAUGUCAUCAAUGUUGAGCCUGGAGCUUCCUUUGACGUAGUCUUCCGUGUCGUAGGUGGCUAUGUUUUCAAAAAUCUAACGGUUAACAGACAGUAUUUCAUCUUCCCCGGAAUGAGAAAACACAAUGGAACUGAGUUUGUCUCUGCCCGGGAGGUUCGUCUACAUAUCGACUCUGCUGCAAAUGAAAUGACGGGCCAUGUGAAAUUCAUGUGUUGGCAUUGCGAGCAGCCCUUAAGUAGUUCAAUUGAGAUUCAUAUGGAAAAAGCGCUGGAAGUGGCCAUAAUAGAUGAUGAAAAGAAAACGGAUUUGAGUCAUUUGGUAGUGUCAGGACAUCCUUUGAAUUUCUUGACGUUGACUGUCAUAGAUGGAACAGGCCAAUUCAACUCGUCACAUGAUCUCCCUCUCUCGCUAGAAGAUGAAUCAAAGUUUAAUCUAUUCGAUGUUUUGUAUAUUCGUCCUGAAAAAGCACAUUCCACAUUCGAUAAACGGGUUUUCUCGAUCUACCUUCGAUCUCAUUUGUAUACGAUUGGUGCUCAACAUGAUCAAAUUAUAAACUCAGGGAACUUUUCUUUCACGAUAUGUAAUCAGACUAGCGAAACAGCUAAUACAAAGUUAAUUAAAAACAACACAGAGAGCGAUAUGCAAUGUCGUACAGCAUUUCAUUACAUGAAAAUGCCAAAGUCAUUCUUAUCUGAGGAUAUUGCUAGCAACAAAGCAAAAAUUUGGAUUCUCGCAAGCGUGUUGUGCUUCUUUGUAGCUCUACCAAUUAUAAUUUUUAUUAAUUUGCGAUAUAUGAAAACACGUAUUCUGAGGAACAAGAAUGGUAUGUUGCAGAUGGCAUUGAGGAUAUCACGAAGAAUAACUGGUGGACGUCGAGCAAGUCUCUCGACCGAAGAAACUAUGCUUCGUCUGGAAGAACGAGCUUCUCUUUCGUCUUCGGAUUAUUCAGGACAGAUUAUUCCUAGCAUAAACGGAGCUAGUAUUAAGAUACAUGAGCGUAUUGGAAAGGGUGCUUUCGGAGAAGUUUAUUGUGGAACAUGGGACAUAAAGGGAGAACGGAGUGUAGCAGUGAAAGCCAUCUAUCAAGCGGACGAACAGAUUGAAAAAGAGGCUCAAGUACUAUGCAGCUUGGAUCAUCCAAAUAUAGUCAGAUUGUAUGGAAUGACGAGGGAUGGAACUCGCUUAUUACUGGUCUUUGAAAUGAUGAAUCUAGGCGAUCUCAGAUCUUACUUGAAAAGCCGAGCUCCACAGGCAACCAAUUAUUCUCAGUUUCCACCUGCCCUCAUACUGAGAGAGCUCAAAUUUAUUUUGCGAGAAAUUGCGAAAGGAGUUCAUUACCUGGGAGCUCAGCAAAUUGUUCACAGAGACUUAGCAGCAAGGAACUGUCUUGUUUCUGGGAAGUCUGAUUUAAGAUGCACAUCAGCUAGUCAGCGUCCGCAGAUAACAGUGAAGAUUUCUGACUUCGGCAUGUCGAGGAAGCUGAAUUAUCAAGCGGAGUAUUAUCAGAUGAUGAAUCAAUCGUUGUUACCUGUGCGAUGGUUGCCCCCUGAAGCCAUUUCGAAUCAUAAGUUUAGUCAUGCUAGCGAUAUAUGGGCUUUUGGUGUUACUAUGUGGGAAAUAUUCAGCUAUGGAGAAGUUCCAUUUGACACAUUAACAAAUGAUGAAGUAGUUUCCUAUGCUAUGGCUGGAAUGCGCCCGCCUAGACCAAAUGCUUGUCCUUCUGAAAUUUAUGAAAUCAUGAAGAAGUGUUGGGCUAUGUCGCCCGACGAACGAAUAUCCUUAGAGGAUAUACUACUUCACCCAUCCAUAUCAGCCAUCACAGACACUACUACUAAUGCUUCAACCAACGGUUCUAAUAGUUUUCCCUUAACUGAGAUCACUCUUACUCCUACUACGGUUGAAGCAUAG